UCAAACCAGCAGAUUCAUUUCAUCUUGCACAAAACAUCCUCAAAAGAACUCCAACAAUAACUACAUCUCAAAAUGCGUUUCUCUAACAUCAUUGCCUUUGGCCUCUUUGGUGCCAACUCUGCUCUUGGUCUUGCAAUUCUCCCUCGUGAGAUUGCGGAAAUCGAGUCUGUUGCCAAUGCCACGGCCAAGGGAAUUGAUGUUUUUGGACCGAUUCCUGAUGAUGCUGUCAAGGCUCACGAGGGCUUCUAUACCGCAGAAGAAGGCACCGACGCUUGGGCAUGGAUCCGUGCUCAGAUUGACAUUCCAGCUCAUGCCCGUCCCGCAACUGAGAAGCGCCAAAAUUACGCCAACAUUGGCAUUGGCAUGUUUGCCCAAGAUUGGUGCAAUGGCCAGGCAGGCUGGUGGGACGAUGUUACAUAUGACGUUCAGCACUACGUCACUCUGAAUAUGUUCAGCGUCGGCAUCAGCUAUCGUGGUCUUCGCAGCAACGAGCAGCUUGACUUUAGCCGCCAGGCUGGCAGUGACUGGUGUGGUAAAUACUUGUACUCUGCUGGUAAAAACACUCCUAUCGGCUGCUUCAACUCCCAAGCUAUCAACUGCUAUCGCCUCACUCUUCACUAAGCGCGCAUUCCCAACGUCGAAAGUUGGUUUAAAAAGGGAGUACAAAUUGCCUCAGUUCUCAUAAAUUUGAAUGGCAGUUUGUCCAUUGGGUUUACCCCUUAGAGCUACAUGAAAAGGACAUGGCGGGACGUGGAGGCAAGUCUCCGUUAUGUAGACACAGCAUAAGAGAGAACGUUCUCUACAUGAAUACUAUGCUUGUUUAUAUCUUGAAUUAUAAU